CUCUCUUCUUUAUUUUCUGGAUUUCGGAAUAAAAAAUCCCUUGGAUUUUAUUCCUGUUUUGUGUAGUGCAUAUCUUUUGUCGUGUGGUCAAAAUGGCUACCGUUAGUGAGGAGCAAGUGUCUGCACUUUUGGGGGAUGACAAGAUUGAUAUGAUUGCAGCUACCAGCGUGCUGCAAAUAAGGGCUAGCGAAGUGCGCUCCAGCCAUAUCAACUGGCAGUCUUAUUUGCAGGGCCAGAUGAUCACCCAGCAUGAUCAUGACUUUAUAGUGAACCUGGAUCAGCGUGGCAUGAAGGAUUUGCCAGAUAAGAAUCCUGAACAAUGCGCUGAAGUUUUUCUCAAUCUUCUCACGCACAUUAGCAAGGACCACACCAUCCAGUACAUCCUGGUGCUUAUUGAUGACAUCUUGUCUGAAGACAAGUCAAGGGUGAAAAUCUUCCGAGAUCCCCGUCGUGGCAACACCUGGCAGCCGUUCCUUAACCUCCUGAAUCGCCAGGAUGAGUUUAUUCAGCACAUGACGGCUCGCAUCAUCGCCAAGCUAGCUUGCUGGCAUCCGCAGCUAAUGGAGAAAAGUGACCUGCAUUUCUAUCUGUCUUGGCUUAAGGAUCAACUUAAGAUGAAUGCGGAGCAAAUGUCUGCCGAGUUAGCGCUUGCCGAGCAGGUUAUGUUGCUGCACGAGAAACAACAGUUCUCGGACAAGCUCUCCGAGAAACAGAAGCAUAAGGAGCAGGAGUUGUUAACGGAAGGCCCCAACGCGAAAUAUUCGAGCCUUUACAGCUCUUUUGAUCAACUGAAACCGCAUGACGAUGACUUGUCGCCCGUCCAGCAAAAGAACAACGACUACAUCCAGUCGGUGGCGCGCUGUCUGCAGAUGAUGCUGCGUAUCGACGAGUAUCGCUUCGCUUUCUUAUCCGUCGACGGCAUCUCCACCCUGCUCUCCAUCCUUGCCUCAAGAGUUAACUUCCAGGUCCAAUACCAGCUGGUGUUCUGUCUGUGGGUGCUGACUUUCAAUCCGUUGUUGGCUGAGAAGAUGAACAAGUUUAACGUGAUCCCCAUCCUCGCGGACAUCCUCAGCGACUCUGUUAAAGAGAAAGUCACCCGCAUUGUGCUUGCCGUCUUCAGGAACCUUAUUGAGAAACCUGAAGACAAACAGAUGGCAAAGGAGCACUGCAUCGCCAUGGUGCAAUGCAAGGUGUUGAAGCAGCUGUCGAUCCUGGAGCAGAAGCGUUCUGAUGACGAGGACAUCAUGAACGACGUCGAGUUUCUCAAUGAACGCCUUCAGGCUUCCGUACAGGACUUGUCAUCGUUUGAUCAGUACGCUACGGAAAUCAAGAGCGGAAGAUUGGAAUGGUCCCCCGUGCACAAGUCGGCGAAGUUCUGGCGCGAGAACGCGGCGCGGCUUAACGAGCGUGGACAAGAACUGCUGCGCACCUUGGUGCACCUGCUGGAGAAGAGCACCGACCCUGUGGUGCUUGCCGUGGCCUGCUACGACAUCGGCGAAUACGUGCGCCACUACCCACGCGGGAAACACAUUAUCGAGCAGUUGGGGGGUAAGCAGCGCGUGAUGCACCUGCUGAGCCAUGACGAUCCUAACGUGCGCUACGAAGCUCUGCUGGCCGUACAAAAGCUCAUGGUCCACAACUGGGAAUACCUCGGCAAACGACUGGAGAAGGAACAAAUGGACAAGCAAGCAGGCACGGUGGUGGCAGGCAAAGCUUAAAAUAGAAUAGAGUGAUAUUGUAUUUAAAGAAAUUCCUUGUUAUUAUUGUUGUUAGGAUACGACGGGUUUCGCUGUGGCAAUAGAUACGAUACGAACGCCGCUGGGCUGUAGUUGGCCAUUUAGAAUUUUUACUUUCACGUUCAACAUUUCAAACAAGUCAUUAUGAUAUUCAUAACGGAGUCAAUUGAAUGUAAACACACAUUUCUUGUGUUUGUCAUAAGAAUCCGCACUGAAUCAAACUUCCUUACGAAGUUAAACAUGAAUCUGCGAUAAACAAAUGCCACCCGAACACGCUUAAUUUGAUUUGUAUAUAUAAAGCCAAAUCCAUUUUAAAAUUAUAUUGUGUCAUAUCCACAUCUAUUAAACCAACUAACUUCUAGCCGUUUUUACGGCCGCUUUUAGAUCAUAAUUUGGUUUUUAUUAACUGGAACAUGUAAACAUUUCUUUAAUUUAAAAUUAUUCCCACAAGACAAUUUCAUUUCAAAAUAAGAUAAGUGUAGUUCUAAAAGUAAGACUCUGUUGAAUAGUUGCAAAAUAUUGUAAAUAUAUAAAAGUUAUGGCUUGUGCUAACAUAAAGUUGUUCAAAUGUCUUUAUUUAUUACAAAAAAAAAUAACAUCCAGUAUUUAAUUAAUUCUAAGAACAAU